GAUAUUUCUUUCUCUCUCGUCUCAAUUCGAACCCUAGGAAACUCAGACAGAUGGGAACUCCAGAAACCUCACGGGAACCGUGCCCGGACCGGAUCCUGGACGACGUCGGCGGCGCGUUCGGGAUGGGCGCCGUGGGAGGAGGCGCGUGGCACUUUUUCAAAGGGAUCUACAACUCCCCCAGCGGGACGCGUCUCGCCGGCGGCGCGCAAGCCGUCCGGAUGAACUCGCCGCGCGUCGGCGGAAGCUUCGCCGUCUGGGGCGGCCUGUUCUCCACCUUCGACUGCACGAUGGUGUACCUGCGCCAGAAAGAGGACCCCUGGAACUCGAUCAUCUCCGGCGCCGCCACCGGCGGCUUCCUCUCGAUGCGGCAGGGGAUGGGCGCGACGGCGAGGUCGGCUCUCAUGGGAGGAGUGCUGCUGUCGCUGAUCGAAGGCGCCGGGAUCAUGCUGAACAAGUUCACGGAGCAUCAGCAGAACGCCGCGUUUGAGGAGGCCGCGGCUGCUCAGAUGGCCGGAAUCCCUGGGAUGCCGCCGCCGACCGGGCUGCCUCCGAUGGGUGCGCCGGAGGCCGAAGGAAGCUCCGGUGCGGCUUCGUGGUUGGGAGGGUUGUUUGGGAAGAAAGAGCCGGAGGCGCCGAGCGGCGGGAGCGAGACGAAGGUUCUGGAGAGCUUCGAUGCGCCUCCGGUGCCGAGUUUUGAGUUCAAGUGAUGGUAAGGAUGUGUUUUUGAUAAGAAAGGUUAGUAAUUGUAUUUAGGUAUUGGAAAUGUUUGAAUAAUCAGACUACUCUGUAGGUGUGUUAUACUGUUUGUUUUUUCAAUGAUGUAUUUUGAAAUUUUCACUGGCGACAAUGCAAUGUUGUUGCUGGCUUGGUUUGGGAGGAAGAAAAAUCCCGAAGCUGCAUUUAACUUAUAAGUUGUUAUGUUCAGUACC